CACUUGCUCACUUGGAUGUGACCAGACAACUAACUCGCUCUCGUUUCAGUCAAUCGACGCAAUUUGCCAAUUAAACAUCUCCAGUGGCACUUUCCUCAAGUGAUUCCAGUGAAAAUGGUGGUGAAUUUCGGAGCCGGUCCAGCGAAACUGCCCGCAGAAGUUCUGGCGGAAGUGCAGAAAGAGCUCGUCAAUCAUGGCACUUCGGGCAUGAGCGUCAUGGAAAUGUCUCAUCGCGGUGCGGAUUACAACAAGAUCCACGAGGAGACUAUCAAGAAUCUCGAGGAGCUUUUGAACAUUCCGGAUGACUACAAGGUUCUGCUGCUCCAGGGCGGCGGAACGGGCCUCUUCGCGGCUGUGUGCAUGAACCUGAUGGGUCGCACUGGGACAGCGGAUUACGUUGUGACUGGUUCCUGGUCCGCGAAGGCGGCUAAAGAGGCCGCCAAGUAUGGCAAAGUGAAUCUCGUCCUUCCGAAAGUGACCAAAUACACUGAGAUUCCCGACCAGAAGACAUGGAAAUUGGAUCCGAAUGCCUCAUACUUGUACUAUUGCGACAACGAGACUGUCGAUGGCGUUGAAUUCAACUUUAUUCCCGAGGUUCCCAAUGGUGUGCCGAUCGUUUGUGAUAUGUCGUCGAAUAUCCUGUCGCGCUGGUUCGACAUCAGGAAGUUCGGGCUGGUCUUUGCCGGAGCGCAGAAGAAUAUUGGACCGUCGGGAAUUACGGUCGCAAUCGUGCGAAAGGAUUUGAUGGGACAUGCCAUGACUGUAACGCCAUCAAUUCUAGACUUUGCCGUUCUGGCCAAGGACAAUUCCAUCCACAACACGCCGCCGACAUUCAUAAUCUAUGUCAUGGGCCGCGUGUUCGCGUGGAUCAAGCGUCAGGGAGGAAUCAAGGCAAUGUACGACGCUUCUCUGAAGAAAUCGCAGAUGAUCUACUCUGAAAUGGCGCGCUCGGGAGGAUUCUACUCUUGUCCACUGGACGAGGCUUGUCGCAGCCGCAUGAAUGUGCCUUUCAGGAUUGGAGGGCCGCAGGGCAAUGAUGAGCUGGAGAAGGCCUUCCUGAAGGGCGCAGAGGCCCGAAAGAUGGUCCAGCUGAAGGGCCAUCGCUCAGUUGGAGGCAUUCGUGCCUCUCUCUACAACGCUGUCACGAUUGAAGACGCCGAAACUCUGGCCAAGUACAUGAGAGACUUCUUUGAAGAGCACAAGAAGUAAACUGCCUUUCAUAUCAUUGUAUUUGACUGACUUUGUACAGGAAUUUUGGCACAAAGUAAAUGCAAAUGAGUCAAA